AAUAGAUAUCUAUUGGCAUGAGUGAAAACUUCAGGAUUACAACUGUCAUUUACAUUUAUUGAGAUCAUUUUCAUUGUGAAAAAACUAUUCAACAUUAUUCAUCAUCAUCUGGUUUUCACAAAAAGACGCGGAAGCAUGUCGUAAGAAAGUAUCUUCCUCGUAACAAUACGCAGAUUGGUGUGAGGAACUUGCUGGUCAUUUUGCGACGAAAGUAAGAAGUCGCAGCUCUUCAAAUCAGUUCAUUUUGCAAGCACCGUAAACUGAGCACCCGAAACCCUGAGACUACCGAUUUACUUCGCGAUGGCAGACGAGUGCUUCUUCGAGUUGGCGGAUCUUAACCCCGCCAAGGUUGGGAUCUAUGAUCACAAUGGAAAAGAGUACUGCUCUCAGGUCGAGUGUUCAACGCCGUUAAGACUCUUGACAGUUUACUUAUUUAGUACUACUUGACAGUUUACUUAUAUUUACUUAUAAUAUAUAGUAGCCGGCGCUUAAUUAGUUUUAGCAGAUAGGAGGACACUUGAUGAUAGUUACUCUUUUCUCUUUUCUAUCUUCCUCUGCUGGUCUUUCUUUUUUCUAGUUAGGUCGGCUCCACCACAAAUAUAUCGCACUACUUGCAACGCUAGAUUACUCGCCCAAACUAUGUAUAAAAGGACAUCAACAAGAACAAACUCAUAACAUACAUCAGCAUAGUUGAUGUAAUUGGUUUUCAAGAGUAUCUCCUAAGGUAGAGGGCCGACCGUAGUAGAAUGAGCUUGCAUAUGAAUUCAUCAGUGGGAGACUUCUAACAGCACAGAAGUGGCGCAUUCUAGCUGAGCCUAUGUACUACGAAAAUCGCUACACAAAAGCAUGGGGAGACUUCGUACUAGAAUUCUUUUUACUGCAUUUUAGUACAAACUUACAGUGUUAGUAAGUCGAAUAGACAUUUUCUCAGUGGAGCUUUGAUUCUUCUUCAUUCGCCUACUUAAGGCCCUAUAUCAUAUGGUCGCUGUUGUUCGUUUGCGCAUUCACAAUAAAAUUGGAGAUAUAACAAGAUAAACAAGAUGACUUUCUCUAUCACUAAUCGUAGACUCCCGAUUUAUAUUGCACAUGCUGAGCACUGUGACUGUCGCACUUUCAUCAGGUAUACUGCCUAGUCUGUCAAAAAGUAGCUGGCAACGAUCAUAUUGCGAGCGGAAGACAUCGCCAGCAAAUCCAGUCUUCUGGUAUUAGCUUUCUUCAAGAGUACCGUCGCAAAAUUCAAGACUGUGAAAUACCACUCCCGACGGACGGCCUCAACCACCGCGACUCCUACGGCCGAAUCGAUAACGUCGCUGGUAUUUUUUCUAGCACUAGCACGCUCUCAACAGCAAUAUAUAUAUUGGUCUUUUUUCAAUUGCCACUUGCACUUUUUUACUUAGAGCAUGCUACAUAGUUUUUACACCUUAUGUUUUCAACUAUUUUCAAGUAGGUACAUCAAACAUCAUGGUCGAUCAUCCAUCGUCUUGCUCGCAAAUCUCGUGUUCAGUUUCGGUAGAGGGAACGUUUGACACCUUCUCACAACUCCAUGCCUAUAUUUCUAACGUCCGUUUCCAGGAGAGCCGCCGGCUGAAGUUGAUAGGUCUUUCGCGCCCGUACCGAAAGGGCCGCCUCUGAGGUCAGCGUCCAGCAUGGGCUCAGUGCCGCAGACCCCCGCUGGAAGUGAAUGCGGCACACCGUGUUCCUUUUCGUCGCAGCGAGGUGGGCCCGCUGGAUUCAAUGCCACACUUGCCCCCGUCCCAGAAGACAUGAGCGACCCUGCGUUCUUGUCGAAGCUGAGGCCAAUCGAUGCCUUCUGCCGUGAAAUCCCUCACUUAUGUGAAACUUUGCUCACUUAUUUUGAUCUUCAAAAUCGAAAGAGAAAGCUGAUAAGUCAACAGCAUACCUCCACAAGUCGAGUUGGUAGGGGACUGGACGCGGAUAAUCAGCAUAGUGAAACACUUACUACCGCUAACAUCUGAUGAAUUUUUCUGGAAUGGAAGCUACGAUGGCUACGAAGAUUACCUCUUGGAGCUCUGGAAAAACCCUCAAUACUACGAAAUCUUCGACCACAAUGUACUGUUUUCUUGCAUUAUAGAGACAGUUUCAGAAAGUGCAACACGAACUUAGAGUUAGAGCAGUAGCCACCUGAACUCAUUGCUUACGAUCGACUAGAGUUUCAACUUUCGCUCGGUUCUCCGCAAUGAUGAGCUAUGAAUCUAUCAAUCUCCUAUCAGGGCUGGCCGGCGCUUCGCUGUCGGUUGUGCCCCGGCGUCGCGAAGAUUAACUCCUCGCACACUCCUGAUGGAAAAAAGCAUCUUUCUGCAGUUCGAUGCGUCUAUCCAGGUCAAUACACGUACGCCCUCACAAUUGGACCACAUCAGCGCCCUACUUUCAUGUCAUGGACUUCGUAGUGCUGUAUGACUCACACCCGCUCUCACCCUAUUUGUCUGAAUGACUAAACGCUGUUUGAUUUACUACUGAGUCGUAAGCACUCUGGAUAUUGCUGUCAGUACUUAUCGAUAGGACCAAAGGGGUACGAAAGUGAAACUACUUACUUUUUUUCGAGAAUGCUGGGUAGCAAUUCUACCUCUCGCGUUACACAAGCCAGUGCCAGCGCGUUGCUUACGACUUAUUGUGUCUUUGGCAUGGCUGUAGGUGGGAUAAUUGCUGCAUGUGGUCCGGUUGUCUCUCUCUCUUUAUACCAUAUUGGAGUACAUGGAUAUGGACGAGGCGAUGGAGCACAGAAGCCGCAAAUGUAAGAACAUGCCAUUGCCGAUCCCGUCCAAAGACCUGAUUCCUGGAGUCCACUUUCCUCACGACUUUGACGCUUUUGGACAGUUGGAUCGGCCAGAAGAACGAGUACGUAUCCUUGUUGGGCAAUUCUCGGAUUAGCUGACUUUUUGUUUUCUUACUUUUGGGGUUCUGUUGACUUGAUUUUCGUAGUUGCACGGUGAUAACGUCUGCUGCUGACUUGUCUUUUGAUGCCGUCAUUCGUAAUCUUCAAGGGACUGGAAUGACAAUGAGUCCUUGUCCUUCAUCUCUGAGGUCCACAGAAUCGACUCAUGCACAAACUUCCAACGAAUAUAGGAUCCGGAAAACCCGAGAGGUGGUGAAAAUGUGAUAGCCUCUAUGGCCAACCGCGAGACCCCGAGGAUGAGGACCAGACAACCGUGGCCGAACCAGCAAACCGCUCAUGCAAGUAGCUGUCUGGUGUCUCAAUUCGGGUCCCUUCCUGGUUCGAGUUCAGGUAGUACGGAUCAUCUCAGUAGUUAGUUUUAGCGUGUAGUAGAUGCGAAGAGCCAAGAUAGGAAACUGCCACUUUCUUUCGAGUUCGAGAGCAGGUGAAAAAGAACUCGAAACAUUCGACACCGCAACAGCAUGGGAAGUGAAAUUUUGACUAUCUCAUCUCCAGGUGUUGCUACACCUGUGUCGCAGUUUGGUAUGCCCGUCAGGGGGCCUUCUGAUCGCGAGAAGGAGCUGGAAAAAGAGAAGGAGGCACUCGAAGAGGAAUUACGAAUCAAGAGCAACCAGCUAAAUGCGGCAGAAAACCGUUUGAAAGAUGUGACUGUGGACGUGGACGAUAGAACAGCGAAACUGCACGAUGUCACUGCCAAACUGCAGCACUACGAAACCAUGUUCCAACGCGUUGACAUCGAUCAAAUUGCUGCAGCUAUGAACGAAUCCGUGGAACUUCUGGCGGAAAUCUGUGCAGACCACGUGAAUAAACGGUUGGUGGAUAUGACGGCGAAAUCGACUGGUGGUUCUUCUUCUGGCGCCAUUGAUUCCGCUUCUGCGACUGACGCUCCUAGCGCCUCGAACUCUGCUGGCCUGUGGCCAAGCCAGAUGAUGAAUACAACUCCUGCUUAUGUCUCCGAUGAGGACGAGUCGCCGACUCCAACAAACCACACUUCUGCGUCGAAGAAUAACCCUGGUGAUGGCUCAGAUUCUCCUGCGCAACAAGGAAAAAGCAAGAGGAGUCGCAAGACCUAUCACUCCCCGACGACAAGAAAGAAGGUCACUUUUGCUUCUCCGAGUUCUCAUCUCCUCUCAACUACAGCCUCCGGAUCCCGCACGUCGCCGAGUCCUCACCUCAUUUCCUCGCCCGCCAUGGACUCGACCGAUACGGACACGAAUCGAAAUGAUCCUUGGCUCCAGGUAGUCGACGAACCGGUGUACAGACUGGAGCCUAAUAGUAAUACCUCGUCGUCCGAGAACGAAAGAGACGAUGAAGAUCAAAAUGCAGACGAUAUGGGAGAUCAAUUGUCAUCCUCACUUGGCAAUAAUAUUACGGUUACCUCUCGCAGAGUAGUGCCAAACGCCAGCAGCAGCACUGUUCCUGAACACGAAGAUGGAAAGGAAAUGGGAAAUGUCAACUCCGGAUACGAAGGCAGCUCCGAUGAAAGCGAUUCUGAAGAGCCAUUGCACUACGCCGAUCCCGACAAAGAUUCAGAGCAAAGUUGGAGUGCCAAGGAUGAUGACUGGCAUGAUGCCAAGAAAGACGACCAAUGGUGGACCACGAAAAAAGAUGAUGGUUGGACUUACAAAGAUGGGAAGUGGGUGAAGAAAGACGAUGGGAAGAACGACAGCUGGCAAGAUUGGGGUACCAAGAGCGACGACAAGUGGGCGAGGUCGUCGCGCUCGUCGUUGUCUUCGUCAUCGUGGUGGAAAGAUGACACUAGAACUAUGUUGAUGGGAUGUUUCUAUAAAUAUUUCGCGCUGGCGCUUUAUAUUCAAGAGCUGAGUAGAGAAAGCGGCGCGCUUUUCAGCCGUUGGCCCUUCGUGUUGUUGGAUUUUUUCUCUCUCGUUGAGAGCGCUGACGGAAGCGCGUCUUCUCGGCCCGCCCUGGCUCCUCACAGGCCGUUCGUCGCCCCGCCCUUGUUUGGCAGGGGUCUUUGGGUGUUGGACAGCUUCCCCGUCUGGGUUUCUGUCCGCUUCGGAGUCCGCUUCUUGAGCAGUCACCGCGAGGGACUGCUCUGAACUCCUCCGAAGCGGCUGCUCGGCUUUCGGUCUUGCUCUCUUCGGUGCAAGGCCCGCGCGCGUGCCACUGUGAAGCGGAGCCUUUGGGUCUUUCUGUGCUCCGUUUCUGUCCUCCGCAGUUGAUUCUCGUGCGACUCACUUGUAUGUUUAUAACAGAGCAGUUUAUAAUAGCACGCAUAGUGCAUGGAGUCGCAUGGAGUGCAUGGAUCGCAGAUCCAUAAAGGACGCAAGAAGCGCCCCCGUUAGUUCCAUGCAACUCUAUGCGACCCAUGCACUCCAUGCCAUGCGAGCUGGCAAGCCAUAACUUAUAGCACGGGUGGAGGAUGGACUUGGAUGGAUCGGAUGGACCCCCCUAAAUCUUCCGAUCCUACUUGAAAUGAUGGGAAGUCCAUCCGACCGCUCCAUCCGAUUCACCCCAUCCCGGACCUGGCGCCCCUAUAAAUUAUUCUACUAGAAGCUACUCUGUUAUAAAUAUAGUAUAAUAGAUAGCUAAAAACCCUCACCAUUCACUUUAAAUUACAUAUAUUUGUGUAGCUCUGGGCUUGUAUGAAAGUUUGUUCGUGGUAGACUAAUAAGGUAACACCCAUUUACAACCUAGCAGCCUUUAGCGGGGUCCAGAUAGUUAUCCGCGGAAAAUACUUCUAAUGGAAGCAACGAGCGCGGCUGGGAAAAGUGGCAAGACAAGGACGGAAAUGCCGACAACUGGCAGAACAAGUCAUGGGGUCACGGCAAAACCGAUCACGCCAGUAGCGGUAGUGGAGGAUGGAAGUCGUGGAAGUAAAAAAGAGGGAAAGUGAUUACUGACCGUGAGGCAUAUCGUAUUGAUACUUUUCUUCUAGUACAUCGUUCUUGUUUAGCUGGAUCUACGAAUGGGUCACAUCAUUAUGGCUCGUGGUAGUCAACUCGAAGGAUCUCUCCACAACUUAUAUUCGCGGCUUUCAUUGACAUUCAUUGUCCUGUACAAAUUUAUCGUAGCGAAAAGUUUUUUGACCGUAAGCUUGUACAUCAACAAGGACAUCAUAUUCAUUAUGGAUAUUUUUCAUACUUAUUUGUUGUAAAAUAAGCAGAAAAUCAAGCAAAGCGAGUGGCUGAUGUCGAAGUCGUGGACUGAACAAAUACAAGUACGAAGAAGUAGAGGAAAGCAUAAGAUCGGCUUCUGCAAACAGCAUAUGCAUAUGAAGAUGACGGAUAUAAAAACAGGAAUUGAAGGUCACAAACCGUGAUCUGGAGAAGACGGACCAGUGUCAGUCCCCACCUUGGAACUUGGGCUGGUACCAUUCGAAGAAAAUAGUAUGAACUUUAUGAUGUUAUGAAUGAGUUCUUGGCCAACCGCUCCCAUCAUCGCUCCUUCAUACAUUUAAGUAAAUCUCGCUACCUAGUUACACAUGACCACGCAGUUCUUUCAUAUAUCGCAUUUCAAACGCUAUUCAGACAUCUUAGAAGAGGUUAGAAGUAGAAGAUGAAGAUUUUAUAUUAGAGCAUUUCCUAAGAUGGAUGAUGGCUUGCAUGGAUUGCAAUGCAUUGCAUGGAUGGCAUGGCCAGGCGGAGCGAAGGCGUGACCUUUUUAAAGGGGAAGCGCGCACUUCUCUGCUUGAACGCAGCGCCUCGCCUGACAAGGCCACAGGAGGGCCGUCGCCUUGCUUAUCUUGUUGCGCUCUGCCCGCCCGCGGAUAGGGGGCUCGAUUCUCGUAGGGGUGAGGCCGCGCGUGGGCUCCCUUUCGGUUCGAGCUGGCUGCAGGGAGGACGCAGAGCCCCUGACGCCUGGCCGCGUUGGAGAUGCCAGCAAACUAGCCUAGAUAAUCGCAGCUAGAUAGAAGCCGGGCCCCUAAGUAUUAAGUGCGUAAUGGUCGAUAGGCAUAAGUGCUUAAGAUGUUAGAUUAUGAAGGCCCCCACUUCCCCCCGGGAUGGCGUUGCCAUGCUUGCGACCAGUGUGCUUACAGUAUAUUGAUGCUUAUUAUACUUUUCCGCUAUGGGCCCGCGUUAGAAGUAACAGGAAUGCAGUGGCGUCUGGCUUUCGGUCUAGUCUUGGUUUCCGGCUGGGUUUAAGUAGGCACGCGGCAAGUGCGCUAGUUUUCUUGCGUGGGUGCACAGGCUCCGGCGCGUCUCUCUGGUCCUCUGCGUUGCCGGCGUUGGGGGGGUGGUCUUUGGGGGGGUGUUCUGACUGUAGCCUGCGUAUGCUGCGCCCGGAUGCGAAUGCUUCGAAGUUGCUGGCGCCCAAGCUGUUGGAAGGUGAAACACGACCACAGUGAGUGCGGACGAUGGCGCCCGAAGGGCGCCCCGAAAAAAAAACCUUAGUUCUAAAUAGUGCCAUCCAUUGCCAUGCAUGCAAUCCAUACCAUGCAUUUUAGAAAUCCGGAAAGUGCGAAAUUCUCUAUUAUAUAUAAGUACAUAGAUGUGCUCGUCCACAUGAUUUACAUACAAUCAUAAAGGUACUACGUAUUGCAAGCGGUCUAUGUUCGAUUCCAGAAGUUCCAACGCGCAACUAACCAUCGUUAUAUCCCAGCCAAUAUGUCUUGUUGUAAGUCCACUUAUAUCUUUUUCUCCAGUAUUAAUUAUCACGUCGAUGGAAAAUGAAAAAACCCUCGACCAUGUAGACAGAUUCCCGUGAUCGAGCUAGAAUCCGCAUUGAAAAACUUCCCACUCUGGUGGAAUUUGGUCAUCAUACCCAGUUAGUCAUGUCUUUAUCCCAUGAUCAUGAGCUGAAUACAGGGAUGAAUGUUUUUGAUGUUGACGUCGAAAGAGUGCGUUAAUGAUACCUGAGACCAUUACAGAAGACCGAACAAGUAGCUGCUGAUUGCUUCUUUCCCCUAUCCUCGCUUAUCGCCAAGCCAUGUAAAAUUCUUUGGAUUGGAAGCUCGCAUGGUUGCCUGCAGUUGUUAUUGCUCGCCCAUCCG